AUGUCGGGCUAUCAACAAGGCCACUACGACGAAGGCGGCUAUGCCCAGGGCGGCCACGGCGAUUCCUACUAUCAGGAUGAGCAUAGUCAAGCCUACUACGACCAGCACGACUACUCUCAGCACGGUGACGCGUACUAUGACCAAUCUGCUUAUGAUGGUCAUAACGCUGAGGGUCACCACGGUUACCAGGACGGCUAUUAUGAGGGCGGCGGUCAGCAGGGUUACCAGGAUGAGUACUACAACGACCAGUAUUACGACCAGGGUAACAAUGGCCACCAAAGCUAUGGAGGUCGCGGCAGACGCCGUGGUCAGGAUUCUGAGGAUGAUUCAGAGACCUUCAGCGACUUUACCAUGAGAUCGGAGACGGCCCGCGCCGCAGACAUGGACUACUAUGGCCGCGGCGAUGAACGGUACAACAGCUACAACGACAGCCAGAUGGGCGGUCGAGGUUACGGAUACCGGCCUCCGUCUUCCCAGAUCUCCUACGGUGGCAACCGAUCGUCUGGUGCAUCUACCCCGGUGUACGGUAUGGAUUAUAACAAUGCCCUGCCACCAGGUCAACGCUCGAGAGAGCCGUACCCGGCCUGGACGUCGGAUGGUCAGAUCCCGCUUUCGAAGGAGGAGAUCGAGGAUAUCUUUAUCGACCUCGUGAACAAGUUCGGUUUCCAGCGUGAUAGCAUGCGAAACAUGUACGACCAUAUGAUGACUCUUCUGGAUUCCCGUGCUUCUCGUAUGACCCCCAACCAAGCCCUCCUAUCUCUGCACGCCGACUACAUUGGCGGAGACAAUGCAAACUACCGCCGUUGGUACUUCGCAGCUCAUCUAGACCUCGAUGAUGCCGUCGGUUUUGCGAACAUGAAGCUGGGUAAAGCAGACCGCAAGACUCGCAAGGCACGUAAGGCCGCCGCGAAGAAGGCCGAGCAGAACCCGGAGAACGAGCAGGAGACCCUGGAAGCCCUGGAGGGCGACAAUAGCUUGGAGGCUGCUGAAUACAGGUGGAAGACGCGCAUGAACCGCAUGUCUCAGCACGACCGUGCCCGACAACUCGCUCUCUACCUGCUUUGCUGGGGUGAGGCUAACCAGGUUCGAUUCAUGCCUGAAUGUCUCUGCUUCAUCUUCAAGUGCGCGGACGACUACUACAGCUCUCCCGAGUGCCAGAACCGCGUCGAGCCGGUUGAGGAACUGACCUAUCUGAACGACGUCGUUACUCCGCUCUACCAGUACUGCAGAGACCAGGGUUACGAGAUCCUCGAUGGCAAGUACGUACGACGUGAGCGUGACCACAACCAGAUCAUCGGUUAUGAUGACAUCAACCAGCUCUUCUGGUAUCCCGAGGGUAUCGAGCGUAUUGUCCUGGAGGACAAGACGCGCUUGGUCGAUAUACCCCCUGCCGAGCGCUGGAACAAGCUCAAGGAGGUCAACUGGAAGAAGGUGUUCUUCAAGACCUACAAGGAGACCCGAUCCUGGUUCCACAUGAUCACCAACUUCAACCGUAUCUGGGUUAUCCACCUUGGUGCUUUCUGGUUUUUCACUGCUUACAACUCACCUACCAUCUACACGAAGAACUAUCAGCAGCAGGUUAACAAUAAGCCCCCGGGAUCAUACUCGUGGUCUGCUGUGGGUCUUGGUGGUGCACUCUGUUGUUUGAUUCAAAUCUUUGCGACUUUUGCUGAAUGGCUCUAUGUUCCCCGCAGAUGGGCCGGCGCGCAGCACCUCAGCAAGCGUCUUUGGUUCCUGAUCCUCAUGUUUUGCAUCAACUUCGGACCCAGUGUCUACGUGUUUGGUGUCUCUAAGGAAGGCAAGGACAAGCCUGCUCUCGUUUUGGGUAUCGUGCAGUUCUUCAUCGCCCUGGCUACAUUUUUCUUCUUCUCUGUCAUGCCUCUUGGCGGACUCUUCGGCAGCUACAUGAACAAGAAGAAGAGCCGCCAGUAUGUGGCCAGUCAGACAUUUACGGCAAGCUGGCCCCGUCUUCACGGUAACGACAUGUGGAUGUCAUACGGUCUAUGGGUCUGCGUUUUUGCGGCUAAGUUGGUCGAAUCGUACUUCUUCCUGACCCUGUCGCUGAAGGACCCUAUCCGUAUCCUCUCGCCGAUGAAAAUCCGUCGUUGUGCAGGAGACAAGAUCAUUCCGAAUGUUCUCUGCAAAUGCCAGCCCCAGAUCCUGCUCGGUCUCAUGUUCUUCAUGGACUUGACGCUCUUCUUCCUGGACAGUUAUCUCUGGUACAUUAUCUUGAAUACGGUGUUCUCCGUCUCACGGUCAUUCUACCUCGGUGUUUCUAUCUGGACGCCGUGGAGGAAUAUCUUCUCCCGUCUCCCGAAGCGUAUAUACUCUAAGGUCCUCGCCACUACUGACAUGGAGAUCAAGUACAAGCCGAAGGUUCUCAUUUCACAGGUAUGGAACGCUAUCGUGAUCUCUAUGUACCGAGAGCAUCUUUUGGCUAUCGACCACGUCCAGAAGCUUCUGUACCACCAGGUUCCUUCCGAGCAGGAGGGCAAGCGGACUCUCCGUGCGCCUACUUUCUUCGUUUCUCAGGAAGACCACUCGUUCAAGACAGAAUUCUUCCCUGCGCAGAGUGAGGCUGAGCGCCGUAUUUCUUUCUUCGCGCAGUCGCUCUCGACUCCUAUUCCGGAGCCGGUGCCUGUGGACAACAUGCCUACCUUUACUGUUUUGAUUCCCCACUACAGUGAGAAGAUCCUUCUGUCUCUGCGUGAAAUUAUUCGUGAGGAUGAGCCCUACUCCCGUGUUACGCUGCUUGAGUACUUGAAACAGCUUCACCCUCACGAGUGGGAUUGCUUCGUCAAAGACACCAAGAUUCUGGCCGAUGAGACUUCACAGUUCAAUGGCGAUUACGAAAAGAACGAGAAGGAUGCUGCCAAGAGCAAGAUCGAUGAUCUGCCGUUCUACUGCAUUGGUUUCAAGAGUGCCGCUCCUGAGUACACUCUCCGUACGCGUAUCUGGGCGUCACUUCGCUCCCAGACCCUGUACCGUACUAUCUCUGGUUUCAUGAACUACAGCCGUGCAAUCAAGCUCCUCUACCGUGUUGAGAACCCGGAGGUCGUUCAGAUGUUCGGCGGAAACUCUGAUAAAUUGGAGCGCGAACUCGAGAGAAUGGCUCGCCGCAAGUUCAAGAUCUGUGUUUCUAUGCAGCGUUACGCGAAGUUCAACAAGGAGGAACGGGAGAACACUGAGUUCCUCCUUCGUGCGUACCCUGAUCUGCAAAUCGCGUACCUGGACGAGGAAGCACCCCUGAAUGAAGGCGAUGAGCCGAGACUGUACUCCGCCCUGAUUGAUGGUCAUUGUGAGCUCCUUGACAACGGAAUGAGAAAGCCCAAGUUCAGAAUCCAGCUGUCCGGAAACCCCAUUCUCGGAGACGGAAAGUCUGACAACCAGAACCACUCGAUCAUCUUCUACCGUGGCGAAUACAUCCAGCUUAUCGAUGCUAACCAGGACAACUAUCUUGAAGAGUGCUUGAAGAUCCGCAGUGUCCUGGCUGAGUUUGAGGAGAUGACCACAGACAACGUGUCCCCCUAUACCCCUGGUCUCCCGUCCAACAAGUUCGACCCUGUAGCUAUUCUUGGUGCUCGUGAGUACAUUUUCUCGGAAAACAUUGGUAUUCUGGGUGAUGUUGCCGCCGGAAAGGAACAAACGUUCGGUACCCUGUUCGCACGUACGCUUGCUCAGAUCGGUGGAAAGCUGCACUAUGGUCACCCCGAUUUCCUGAACGGUAUCUUCAUGACAACUCGCGGUGGUGUCUCCAAGGCUCAGAAGGGACUUCACCUGAACGAGGAUAUCUACGCCGGUAUGAACGCUAUGCUCCGUGGAGGUCGUAUCAAGCACUGCGAGUACUACCAGUGUGGUAAGGGACGUGAUUUGGGUUUUGGUUCCAUUCUUAACUUCACAACCAAGAUCGGAACUGGUAUGGGUGAGCAGAUGCUUUCUCGAGAGUACUACUACCUUGGUACCCAGCUGCCUCUCGAUCGGUUCUUGUCCUUCUACUAUGCCCAUCCUGGUUUCCACAUCAACAACAUGUUCAUCAUGUUGUCGGUGCAAAUGUUCAUGAUCGUGUUGAUCAACCUGGGAGCCUUGAGGCAUGAGACCAUUCUCUGUCGCUUCAACCCCAAUGUUCCGAUCACUGAUCCAUUGAUGCCCACUGGAUGUGCCAACCUUACUCCCGUCACCAACUGGGUCAACCGCUGUAUCGUCUCUAUCUUCAUUGUGUUCUUCAUUUCGUUCGUGCCUCUGGCUGUCCAGGAACUUACGGAGAGAGGACUUUGGCGCAUGGCCACGCGUCUCGCUAAGCACUUCGGCUCGUUCUCCUUCAUGUUUGAGGUGUUUGUGUGCCAGAUCUACGCGAAUGCUGUGCACCAGGAUCUUGCGUUCGGUGGUGCCCGUUAUAUCGGUACUGGUCGUGGUUUCGCCACUGCCCGUAUUCCUUUUGGAGUCCUGUACUCGCGUUUCGCCAGUCCUUCCAUCUACCUCGGUGCUCGCUCAUUGCUGAUGCUGCUGUUCGCCACGACGACCGUGUGGACGCCUGCCCUCAUCUGGUUCUGGGUCUCCUUGCUGGCUCUCUGCAUCUCGCCAUUCCUGUUUAACCCACACCAGUUUUCCUGGCACGAUUUCUUCAUCGACUACCGUGACUACCUCAGAUGGCUUUCGCGUGGUAACUCUCGCUCGCACGCAUCUUCAUGGAUCGCCUUCUGCCGUCUGUCCCGAACUCGGAUUACUGGUUACAAGCGCAAGCUCCUCGGUGUUCCUUCUGAGAAGAUGUCGGGAGAUGUCCCUCGGGCCCGUAUCACCAACGUCUUCUUCAGUGAGAUCGUCGGACCUUUGGUGCUCGUUGCUGCAACUUUCAUCCCCUACCUCUACAUCAACGCGCAAACUGGUGUCAAGAACGCCACUCCUACGAACUCCCUCAUCCGUGUUGCCAUUGUUGCUUUCGCACCAAUUGGCGUUAACGCGGGUGUCGCUGGUGGUCUCUUCAUGAUGGCUUGCUGUAUGGGCCCCCUCUUCAGCAUGUGCUGUAAGAAGUUCGGUUCGGUCCUUGCCGCUAUUGCUCACUGUAUCGCUGUCAUCGUUCUCUUGGCCAUUUUCGAGGUGAUGUUCUUCCUCGAGGGCUUCUCAUUCCCUAGAUGUCUGCUUGGAAUGAUCUCCAUGGCUGCCAUUCAGCGCUUCGUCUACAAGCUCAUCAUCUGUCUUGCCCUCACAAGAGAAUUCAAGAAUGAUCAAUCCAACAUUGCCUGGUGGACCGGAAAGUGGUACAGCAUGGGUUGGCACUCCAUUUCUCAGCCUGGCCGUGAAUUCCUUUGCAAGAUUACCGAACUCGGAUACUUUGCUGCCGACUUCGUCCUCGGCCAUCUUCUGCUGUUCGUCAUGCUCCCCGCUCUUUGUGUUCCGUACGUGGACAAGUUCCACUCUGUCAUCCUCUUCUGGCUGCGUCCUAGCCGGCAAAUCCGCCCACCAAUCUACUCCCUGAAACAGUCGAAGCUCCGCAAGAGGAGAGUCAUCCGCUUCGCCAUUCUGUACUUUACCGUGCUGAUCCUUUUCAUUGUCCUCAUUGCAGCGCCUCUCGUUAUCCACAACAUGAAUAUGAAAUUCAACAUUGACAUCAUGCAGCUUAUGCAGCCGAUCAACCAGGACAACAACGACACAUCGAGUGCGUACACAGGUAACAACCUUCCUGGUGGAAAGAACGCUCCUGCCACGCCCACUAGCGGUGGUUCCGCGGCGUCCACAUCGGGUAGUUCUCUCAAGAUGGUUAGAAUGAUGGCGUUCUAA